AAGGGUCUGUACAUCACAGAUGGAAACAUAUAGAAUAGUAAAAGGCGAUAUGUGCGGCACAGCGCUAGAGUUGCUGCCUCACUGCGCCAGAGACCCGGGUACGAUCCUGACUGCGGAUGCUGUCUGUACGGAGUUUGUAUGUUCUCCCUGUGACCUGCGUGUUCUUCCUCCCAAAGACUACGGGUUUGUAGGUUAAUUUGCUUCUGUAAAUCGUCCCUAGUGUGUAGGAUAGAAUUAAUGUACACAUGGAAACAUGCCCGCCUAGUCCACACUGACCAGCCAUCACCCCUUUGUGCUAGUUCUAUGUUAUACCACUCCCCCGACACACUAGGGACAAUUUAGAGAGGCCAACUAGCCCACAGAUCCGCAUGUCUUUGGGAUGGUGGAAGGAAACCGAAGCACCAGAAGGAAACCCACACGGUCACAGGGAGAACGUGCAAACUCCACACAGACAGCAUCCAAAGUCGUGAACCCGGGACUCUGGCGCUGUGAGGCAACAGCUCUACCAACUGCACCACGAAUACUUGCACCAGCAGGGCAUAGAGAGAUGGGGAAUUAAUACAGGCAAGUGGGAUUCGUUUAGAUGGGCAUGAUAGUCAGCAUAGUUGUGGUGGGCUGAAGGGCAUGUGUCUAUACUACACAACUCCAUGGCCCUGUGAAAUUUGUCAUCUCUGCUGGGUCUGACUUAAAUUUCACUCCAGACCCACCACUAUGACUGCCUUUUAGCAGUUAUGGGGCAGAGAAUAAAUAUCAGCCUUGGCAGAAAUUCUACAUACUGCAAUCAAGUAGGAAAUUAGCAGAGCCUCUGUAUUUUAAGGCUCUUGUGUAAAACCUGAUUGGACAUUCAAUUAAAUAUCACAGACAGACGCAAAGUACUGGAGUAACUCAGCGGGUCAGGUAGCAUCUCUGGAGAAAAGGGAUGCAUAUAAACCAGCAUAUGCAGUUCUUUGCUUCUACAGUUCAUAUGUUCAUAGGUUCUAGAAUUAGACCAUUCGGUCCAUCAAGUCUACUCCGCCAUUCAAUCAUGGCUGAUCUAUCUUUCCCUCUCAAACCUAUUCUCCUGCUUUCGCUCCAUAACCCCUGACACCCUUACUAAUCAAGAAUCUUUCAAUCUCCACCUCAAAAACAUGCAUUGACUUGGCCUCCACCACCGUUCAAUGAAACAUGUUUCUUUUCUUGACUAAGGCAACGCCUGAGAUCGAUCGAGCCUCUCCCUCAACGCGCAUCUCCUGGUCAAGGCAGCGGGGUAUGGUCGCACCCCUGACGUCAAGGAGUCGAGGAUGAAUUUUACGGAGGUCUCCAUGAAGAGUCUAACUCUGGCCGGGGGGAUGACGAACAGAACUAAGAGCACCAGUGCCUUGUGCAAGCAAGUGUCCGUGGCCGUUGAGGUGUUCCUCACCUUGGGUAUCAUCAGCCUGCUGGAAAACAUUCUGGUCAUCGCCGCCAUCAUUAAAAACAGGAACCUGCAUUCGCCCAUGUACUUCUUUGUCUGCAGCUUGGCGGUGGCGGACAUGUUGGUCAGCGUCUCCAAUGCGUGGGAGACCAUUGUGAUAAGUUUACUCAACCACAGGCACCUGGUGGUCAAGGACAGCUUUAUCAAGCAGGUGGACAAUGUGUUUGACUCCAUGAUCUGCACCUCUGUGGUGGCGUCAAUGUGCAGUCUCUUGGCCAUCGCCGUGGAUAGGUACAUCACCAUAUUUUACGCCCUGCGCUACCACCACAUCAUGAGCGUGAAGAGAGCGGCCUACAUCAUAGCGGGCAUCUGGCUGCUAUGCACCAGCUGCGGCAUCAUCUUCAUCCUCUACUCCGAGAGUUCCACCGUCAUCAUCUGCCUCGUCACCUUCUUCGUCAUCAUGCUCCUCCUCAUGGCUUCCCUCUACAGCCACAUGUUCCUGCUGGCUCGCUCCCACGCUAAGCGCAUCGCCGCCAUGUCCAGCUACAACUCCGUCCACCAGCAGGCCAGCAUGAAAGGUGCCAUCACCCUGACCAUCCUGCUCGGUAUAUUCAUCAUCUGCUGGGCCCCCUUCUUCCUGCACCUCAUCCUCAUGAUCUCCUGCCCCGGCAACCUGUACUGCGUGUGCUUCAUGUCGCACUUUAACUUGUACCUGAUACUCAUCAUGUGCAACUCGAUCAUCGACCCGCUCAUCUACGCCUUCCGCAGUCAAGAAAUGCGGAAGACUUUCAAGGAGAUAAUUUGUUGCUCUGGGUUAAGGGCGGCCUGUAGACUCGCUGGUAAAUAAGAUGACAGCGAGCGAGGAGAGCUGGCUUUCAGGGCUUCCCAAUGCAAAGUGUAGUGGAAGGGUGGCCUAACUAAGAUUUGAUACAGUUUUAGCAUAACCCUACUUACCAUCUACUUUCUCACACUUGAUUUGCACUUUUUAAUAGCCUUGCUAACACAAAGAUGUACAAGUUUGUAGGUUAAUUGGCUUGGUAAAUGUAAAAAUAGUCCCUCGUGUGUAGGAUAGUGUUAAUGUGCGGGGAUCGCUGGUCGGCACGGAU